CUGUUGUUUGCAAUUAGGUGAUGUUUAGAAACCCUAAAUUGAAUGGCUCCUUUGAAAGUGUGCUAUUGAUUUUGCUAUAGAAUGUGAAAAUAUUUAGUGGGUUUGAUUCAAUUGAGAUUGGUAGUUAUGUUCUAGUGAAAGUUUGAUUUUUUUAGUAGCAGGAACAGUUAAGUGGUUGAUUGUGUUUGGAAUUGGUUUGUUAAGUUAGGUAUUGAGUUACACAACUGGUGUAGUGAAGGAUUGUUGCUACAGUUAUGUCUAUGAGUAGUGCGAGAUCGUUGAGGAGUGUUGUCAGUUCCAUCACUUCCAUGGAAUUGGAAGCAGUUGGGGUGUUGGUGUCAGGGCGGCGGGCAUUUUCUGCUAAAGCAAAGAAGGGUUCCAAAGGUGGCGCUGGUGAUGCACCGAAAGCGUCAAUUUUGGACAAGGAGGUCAAGGCUACGACUGUGGUUGGAGCCAAUAUACUCAAGGAUAGGACAGAUCCUAAAAUCUUGCCGGAUUACCCUGAAUGGGUUUGGCAUCUAGUUGAUAAGCGUCCUGCGUUGAGUGAACUGAGAAGGAAGAACAUUGAAACUCUCCCCUAUGAAGAUCUCAAGCGUUUUGUUAAGCUGGAUAACCGAGUAAGGAUUAAGGAGAACAACUCGCUAAAGGCCAAGAACUAGUUGUAUUCUCAUGUUUGUGACGAUCAUUAGUUUGGCAUUACUGGUAAUGUUGAUCCUA